CCUGCCAUCCCCCCCUCCCCCCCCUCCUCCCCUCCUCCAUUUCGUCGGUGGCGGCUGACCUCAUCUGUGUCUCUCCUAACCUCCCGGCCCUCUAGGCCUGUCCCUAACAAAGCCAUGGCGUAGUCUCAGGGUUGCUUGUGCCCCAAAUCAACUAAAUGUUAGUUAGUAGCUUACUAGACUCGCCCGCCCACCUACCUCAACCUUACGAUAUCGACUUGUCCUUUCCCCCUUUAACUAACUAUUUCUAUUCCUAUUUUAUUUCAUUUUAUUCUAUUUGGUCUUGUCAUCAUUGCCUCACCUCGUCUUCGUCACCUUCGGUGGUUCUCCUUGGUCUACACCCUAACGUCAAGAUCAGCAACCUAGAACCCGCGAGGGAACUCUAGGAACUGGCCCACCGUCCACUCCGAAACUACGGGCUCCGGUGUGUGAAUGCUGAAUCCGGCGGGCGUUCGUUGAGGUAUCGCGAUGGGUCAUCACGCCGAGUCGCUGCCCGCCGGCCCAGCUACUGCUGUUGCCCACACGGCCGUCGCAUUCGCCCACCAAUCCGAGAAGCUCUCGCUCGGGACGCCAGAGCACGCCGGGAAUUCGGACCAUCCGGGUGCUGUCGCAAUAGCGGCCCAGUUCGUGACACCGCAAGACCCCGUCAUCGUCACGGCCGACGGGAGCAGGUUACCUACGGUUCCGCUGGCCGAGGCGCACAAACUCAAUAUCCUAAAAGAGGAAUUGCACGGUCAUGUGUCUAACGAGGAGACGGCGGUAGCCGGCCAAACCUCCGGUACCGCGAGUCUCAUCACCGCCGAUAUCCCCGCGUCUCACCUGUCCCACGCCGAGAAGAAAGCACUGCGGAAAGCGUCCGACGGCUCUCUCCCGAGAUCGAUGCCGCCGACGAACACGCACCCGCUAUUCCCUCCCCUCCCCCUGUACGGGCCGCCGUCCCUGCUCCGGAACGUGCAAUGCUGGACUUUCCGGGCGUCAUCCUUCUUCCUCAGUGCCGCCUUCCUGGGCGUCGUCGUCCUCGGUGCCAUGUUCACCAACAUACCCAAGACGUGUAACAAGGCCUGGUUGCGUCUCACGUUCCGGAACCCCGACCGCCGGCGGCCCUUCUACGCCGAGGAGGUCCGGAGGCGGAACCUGCGGAAAGAACAGGAGAGGUCGUGGAAGAAGAGGAGCUCCCGGCGUCGGCCGUCCCCGGAUCAGGAGAGCACCUCGGGCGACGACGGCUUCGUCCCGACCGAGGGUGGGCCGGACCGCGUCGUGUGCGACGUCGGAUACUACGCGCGGAGGGUCGGCCUCGACGUCGAGGAAUUCCAGGUCCAGACCGAAGACGGGUUUAUCAUCGACCUGUGGCACGUCUACGACCCCCGCGAGCACGCCAAGCUGAGCGAGCAGGAGCGGUCCCACCGGGGCCCGGACGUGUUCACGGGGGACGUCAGGAGCCGGCAGCUCGCGGACCCGGACCAGAAGCCCAAGUUCCCCGUCCUCCUGAUGCACGGCCUGCUGCAGAGCGCGGGGGCGUAUUGCGUCAACGACGACGACUCGCUGGCCUUCUACCUGUGCAAGUCGGGGUACGACGUGUGGCUCGGCAACAACCGGUGCGGGUUCCGGCCCAAGCACGCGGUGCUGGACUACGCGGACCCGCGGAUGUGGUGCUGGAACAUCCGGCAGAUGGGCGUGUUCGACCUGCCGGCGCUCGUGUCGCGCGUGCUGUUCGAGACGGGGUUCGCCAAGGUCGGGCUCAUCUGCCACUCGCAGGGCACGACGGAGACGUUCGUCGCGCUCGCCAAGGAGCAGCGGCCGGAGCUCGGCGAGCGCCUCACCGUGUUCUGCGCGCUCGCGCCGGCGGCGUACGCGGGGCCGCUCAUCGGCAAGAUGUACUUCAAGUUCAUGCGCGUCAUCUCGCCGGCGCUCUUCCGGCUCAUGUUCGGCAUCCACGCCUUCAUCCCGCUCAUGAUGCGCAUGCACGGGAUCCUGCACACGGGCGUCUACGGCUGGCUCGGCUACACCGUCUUCUCCUUCCUCUUCGACUGGACCGACGCCCGCUGGGACCGCGGCCUACGCGACCGCAUGUUCCAGUUCGCGCCCGUCUACGUCAGCGCUGAGUCGAUGCGCUGGUGGCUCGGCCGCGAGUGCUUCGCGCGCCACAAGUGCAUCCUCGCCACCAAGGAGGAGUGGCACGACGAGGAGAAGGACGACGGCGCCGACGCGCCGGCGGCGGCGGAGGCGGACAACGGCAACAGCCACCGCCACCACCACCGGCAGCUGUCGGCGGAGCACCACCGGAGGAAACCGAAGGGGGCGACGGCCUGGUACAACGAGAAGGUCUGCCCAUUCGCGCUGUGGGUCGCGGGAAACGACCAGCUCGUGGACGGGGCGAGGCUGCUGCGGCGGUUCGAGAGGGGCCGCGAGCCACACGUCAAGGUGGUGCACAGCAAGACGAUCCCGGAGUACGAGCACCUGGAUGUGAUCUGGGCCAUAGACGCGGUGGACCAGGUGUUUAGCGAGGUACGGGAGGUGCUGUGGAAGACGUGCGACGCCCGGGACCGGUGCCGGACGCCCAAGGGCUGCGAAAACGUCGCCGUCUGGGUGCCGGGGGAGGUUCCCGCGGACACCGGGGUGGACCUCUACCAGUCAAGCAGUGAUUCGCAAUAGCCCUGUCUCCCGCUCCAGUAUAUACACUUCUCUUUUUUUUUUCCCCUGGGAAGUGUUCACCUGCCGGCUAAUAUCGGCCGGCGAGGACGACGAAGACGACGACGGCAUGAUCUGAGAUGUGAUGUAGAGGAUAUAAUUACAAUACCCCUAUAUAUAUGCACCUUGGGAGCGGUAGAGGAUUGGAGUCGUGGGAUGUGUACUGUUGCUAUCUGAUGAAUUUGGGCGCCCGUGGGGGAGCGACGGGCCUGGAGACUAUAUAACGGCGGUGCUCAAAAUACAUGUGUGCGUGUUAUUCCGUGUUUGGAUAUAAAUGAUGCCAAUAUUACACAGGCCGCUCCGACAAGACGUCGAUCACCUCUCUCACCCCGUGAAGACAACCUGUUGAGGGUGGAUAGCUCCGCGGAUAGACCUCGAUGUCGUC